AUGCGUGCUGCCUGUGGCUGGAAUCAGUCAGCGGCAGGUGACUUUGUGCCCGUUGUGUAUCUGCACCGUCCAUUUGCAUCUUUCCUCGUCGAGGUCGGCGCCAUUGACGAUGCUGUAUCAGGACCUUUGGCAUCCGAUGAUGGCGCCUGGAACACCACUGAGUGGUUUCCGAGCCUCAUGAAGACGUCCAACGCUCUCCAGGUGCUGCCAGGCUCUUUGGGCGGUGGCCCAAUUGACUGGAUCCUGGUUGACACCAUGGCUGCUAUGAUCCAUCAGAUUUCCCAGCAGCAUAGGGGCGGCGAGAUGUCUGAAGAGCAAGUUUUCAACUUAGCCAAUCCCAAUGGAGCACAAUGGAGCUCACUCAUCCCGAAAGUCUUGGAGGCACGGGCUCCUGGUAACAUGGUUGUGCCACUCGCGCAGUGGGUUCAGAGGCUGGCUACGGAGGUGGACGUGGAACGGUUGCCAGCACUCAAGAUCUUGGAGUUCUUCCUGGGCAUGGCGACCGAUACGCAGUUGCCAUCAUCGGACGGGCGGGUGAAGCUAGAGAUCGGGUUGGCUGCAAAGUAUAGCAAGGCGAUGACGGUCCUGGAGGCCAUAGGUUCAUGA